GGCUUGUAAGAGUCGUGCCCGGCGUGACUUUUGGAAGCAGAGGCGGUGGGGAUUUCACGAUGUUGAGGUGUCGGCGGCUCUUAGGUUUGGUGUUGCCUCGGCAACAGCUCAUGCUAUAUAGCUGCAGAUGGUGUUCUUCAGGAAUUUUUCCCAAUGAAAAAAUUCGGAACAUAGGCAUUUCUGCACAUAUUGAUUCAGGAAAGACUACAUUAACCGAACGUAUUCUAUUUUACACAGGAAAGAUAGCAGAAAUGCAUGAGGUAAAGGGGAAAGAUGGGAUAGGUGCUGUGAUGGAUUCCAUGGAAUUAGAACGACAACGAGGGAUCACUAUUCAGUCUGCCGCUACGUACACCAUGUGGAAAGGCACAAAUAUUAACAUAAUUGAUACCCCAGGACAUGUUGAUUUCACAAUUGAAGUGGAAAGGUCCCUGAGGGUUCUUGAUGGGGCCAUUCUCGUGUUGUGUGCUGUCGGAGGGGUUCAGUGCCAGACCAUGACAGUGAACAAACAAAUGAAACGAUAUGAUGUUCCAUUCUUGACCUUUAUCAACAAAUUGGAUCGCACGGGCUCAAAUCCAAACCGAGCCUUACAACAAUUAAGAACCAAGCUGAAGCAGAAUGCUGCUUUUAUUCAGAUUCCCAUGGGACUGGAAGGGCAAUUAAGAGGAGUUAUUGAUUUAAUUGAAGAAAAGGCUAUAUACUUCGAUGGUGACUUUGGCCAGUUUGUUAAAUAUGAUGAUAUCCCUCCUGAGUUCAGAGCAGAGUCCUCAGAUCGCCGCCAGGAACUGAUUGAAUGUGUCGCAAACAGUGAUGAAAAACUUGGAGAGCUUUUUCUUGAAGAGAAAAUUCCAACAGUGACUGAUUUGAAGCUUGCAGUAAGAAGAGCAACCCUCAGCAGGACCUUCACCCCUGUACUGCUUGGAAGUGCUCUGAAGAAUAAAGGGGUGCAACCUCUGUUGGAUGCUGUUCUGGCAUAUCUCCCAAAUCCAUCAGAAGUGCAGAAUUACGCAUUAUUGAACCAGAAGGAUAAUCCGGAAAAAUCCAGGAUUUUGCUAGGUUCCGCCAGAGAUGAUUCCCUGCCAUUUUUGGGCCUGGCAUUUAAACUUGAGGCUGGACGUUUUGGGCAGCUGACAUAUGUUCGUGUUUAUCAAGGGAUGCUAAAGAAAAGUAGCUAUAUCUAUAACACCAGGACUCAGAAAAAGACACGAGUACAACGAUUCGCCCGCAUGCAUGCAGACAAGCUGGAGGAUGUGGACGAGGUUUAUGCAGGGGAUAUCUGUGCGUUUUUUGGCAUUGAUUGUGCUAGUGGAGAUACAUUCACAGAGAAAGACCAUACUGACCAUUCUAUGGAACCCAUUCAUGUACCUGAUCCUGUUGUUUCCAUAACAAUGAAGCCAGUCAACAAGAAUGAUGACAGGUUUGCCAAAGGCAUUAACCGUUUUGUAAGAGAAGAUCCCACUUUCCGAGUCCAUUUUGACACUGAGAGCAAAGAGACGAUUGUUUCAGGAAUGGGAGAACUACACCUGGAAAUCUAUGCUCAGAGGAUGGAAAGAGAAUACGGUUGUCCUUGUGUGACUGGAAAGCCUAAAGUAGCAUUCAGAGAGAGCAUUGAGGCCACUAUACCGUUUGAGUAUACCCAUAAAAAGCAGUCUGGUGGGGCAGGCCAGUAUGGAAAAGUUAUAGGGUAUCUGGAGCCUCUAGAGCCAGAGAAUUAUACGAAACUGGAAUUUCUUGACAAAACAAUUGGGACAAAUAUUCCAAAGCAGUUUCUGCCAGCUAUUGAAAAGGGAUUCCGUGAUGCAUGUGAGAAAGGCCCAUUAAUAGGUCACAAGAUUUCAGGGAUCCGAUUCGUCCUGGAGGAUGGAGCUUCUCACAUGGUGGAUUCUAAUGAAAUUUCUUUCAUCCGAGCUGCUGAAGGUGCCACGAGACAAGCUCUGAAAGAGGCAGGAACAUGUAUCCUUGAGCCUAUUAUGGAUGUGGAAGUCGUAGCACCAGUUGAAUUCCAAGGACCAGUCAUGGCUGGAAUUAAUCGCCGUCAUGGUGUUAUCACAGGACAAGAGGCAGCCGAAGACUAUUUUGCUCUCACUGCUGAGGUGGCAUUGAACAAUAUGUUUGGAUAUGCUAUGGAACUAAGAUCAUGUACAGAGGGAAAAGGGGAAUACACAAUGGAAUACAUUAAAUACCAAGCCUGUUCAUCGAAUAUACAGGAAGAAUUAAUUAACCAAUACCUUGAAGCAACAGGACAACUUCCUGGGAAAAAGGGCAAGGUCAAAGGUUAAUGCACCUUCACAUCAGUCACAUACAAGAAACUGCCCACAAGCUAUAUUUGUUACAAGAUUUACAAUUGAACAAAUGAAGAAAAUUCAGACCAAUUUCAUCCUGAAUCAAAGUUUUGACUUUAUUAAGUCAUGAAAAGACUGUUGUUUGUACAGAAAUUCCAUGAAUGAAUCACCAUCUUAAUUUAUAUUAAAAUGUUUUGUUUUAGGGGCUUGAUAUUAAAUUAAGCUGACAAUGUUCUUGUCAUCUUUCUGUCUUUUUACACCUCACCAUAAUACUCUCUGCGUACCUCUGUCCGGUUUUUGAAGCCUUCCCUUAAUUAAUCAAAGAAUCAAAUGCAGGAGAAUCAGCAGAUCUCUACCUGAGUUUUUUGAUAAUCACUACCAAGUCUGAACUAGAAGAUUAAAUAACCUUACUCUGAACUUGAGUACACAAGGCAGACUGUAAUGUAACAUGAACAUUUGAGGAUUGUCUAGUAAGUUUAACUUUCUAAUAAUACCUGAAGAUAGAUUGCGGGGCAAAGUGAUUUUCCCCUUUUCCGUUCUUCUAGAAGCAAAGAAUAUAUUUUAGUGUUAUUGACGAUUUUUCCAUAUCUUGGAAUUCACUUCCAGUAAAAAUCUCAGAUAUUCUAAUGCCUGAAAAAAAAUUGAGAAGUGGUUCUAGAGAGCCUGACACAUCAGUUGCUGACUGAAAUUAGCUCAAGGCAGUGUUAUGUUGUUUCAGUUGCCAGACAUUGGAUAUUGUUAAAAUGUCUGUUUCCUUCAAAGAAAUACGUCUGAUCUCUCAGAGGAACACCCACCCAAAAAUGCAGCCUACUUGUAUGAAUGGAAUUUUGUCCCUCCCCAAGACCUUCCAUAUGAAGACUGCAAUGCAAUUUCUAUGUCUACUUGUGUAUUGGGAGUGUUGCACUUUACAUGCCUGCAGGGCUAUCUAAAUAAAUCUAAGUGGGCCGAAU